AACUUGAAAGCUUUAAUGUUGUGAUUUUGGAGUUCUGAUAAAAUACAAACGUUUUACCGGCAUAUAAUUGUGUUGAGGUUUUUUAGUGUACUUAAAAAUUAAACGAUACUUGAAAGUUUAUCAGCUUCCGUCAUUAUUGCAUGCCGAUUGAGGGCUUCGAAAUACAAUACCUAUAUAGUCAUAAAAAUCUUAUAGAUCGGUGUUUAGGUGUGCAUUUAUUUUUAAGAAUCAAAGGGGUAAGAUAAUAAUUAUUAGUAUCCGGCAGUAAUUGCAGUAUAAAAUGGAUUUCAAAAUGCAUGAGUAUACUCAUGCUAUAGUUAGCACAGUAACAAAAACAAUACGCAAAGGAGACGGGGCGGACUAUAGAGAUUCACGUCGCCAACAUGAUUGUUAUGUUAGGCUACUGAGUGAACUUAAUUUAGAAAUUGUUGAAGUGGACACGGGUUCCGCAUUCCCAGAAAAUGUUGUACUUGAAGAUCUGGCGUUAGUGUGCCACGGAAUAGCUCUGUUGUCGAAACAGAAACCCGAAGAUGAACAUGCAGUGAAAGCACUAAAGCAUGUACUUGAAAAAGAUCUCGGCCAGACCGUCAUUGAAGUAACUGAUCCUGACGCUAAGCUUAUGGGAUCUGAUGUCUUAUUUACAGGACAAGAAUUCUUUGUUGGUAUCUGUGAAACAACCAACGAGGCUGGAGCGAUUGCUGUUGCUGAAGCUUUCCCUGAAUUUCCAUGUACGCCCAUCAAGAUAGCAAAAGGCUCGCAACACCUCAAGAAAUACAUAACAGUGGCGGGACCAGAUGUGCUCUGUGUGGCCGCGAGUAAGGAGGCAAAGGAAUUGCUCAAAAAGAUGGAGAGAGAAGCGACAUUCUCAUACCAAACUCUCACAGUACCGGAGGAUGAUGCUGCUAAUUGCUUGUACGCAAAUGGUACAUUGAUACAUAGAGCAAUUGAGGAGAUACCACAGUCUUUUAAGGUGUUUUGUGAAAAGAUCGACUUUGCAAGACGAUCAAUUUGCUUCUCAGAGUUAUCGAAGAUAUCUUCUGGACUCAGCGCUUGUUGCCUUCUGGUUAUUUUUCUGGAUGAAAAGGUGUUUUCGUCGACUAGUGACGGUCGGGUAUCACUUUGGAGGACAAAUAAUACACGAUAUAAUCCAACAAAUAUAUUAAAAGACAGGAGGUCUGGACGUAUCACGUGUGGUGUUUGGGGCUGGAUGUCGUCUGCGGUGAAUUAUGCGAAAUAUCUGGUCGUCUCAACAGCAUAGAAUAAGAAUAAUAAGAAUAAAAUAACUUUUAUUAGGCACACCAAAUUACCACCACCAACACAAACAAAGAAACAAAAAACAAUAUCAAAAUACACUCUUAAAAUUAAACAAACAUAAAAAUUAAAACUAAUAUAAUUUGUGUGGCGACUGGCGACCUAAAGGGUAAGGCCGCUCAGCAUAUGCUAUGCCGAUGUAAUCAGCAUAGCGCUGGUUUUCAGGGCCCCACCAGACAACAAAACGCUUAAGUAUAUACUAAAAUACUAUCCGAUAUUCUAUUGCCAACAGCGCAUCUCAGUUACCCUGGAGUGGCGCCUAUUUAUGUGUUGCAGGACAAUAGUGCAAUUCAUAACUCUCGAAUUACUCGAGAGUGGUUCUGUACGCAUAGAGAGGCUGUAAAAUGAAUAAAUUUCCCUCCAAAGAGCCCUGAUUUGAAUCCCAUUGAGAAUCUUUGGGGUUUAAUGGUUCAACAAUGGGAUCCAAAUCAGGCUCGAACCUAUGACUCCCUACGUUCUCACGCCUUUCACAUUUGGGAGUCUUUGCGAGGCUCGCAAAUGUGCAAAAAUAUGGUUGCGUCCAUGCAAGAGCGACUACAGGACGUUAUAAAUGCUGAUGGUGGCUAUACUCGUUUUUAAUUUACUAUGUUUAUAUACAGGCUGUUAGUGUAAACACUUCUUGAAACCAGUGGUUUGGUUCCAAAUAUAAUGUAAAAAUUCCAUUAAAAACGGUGGUAUAUGUGGUGAAUCUAUAUUAUGUGGAUUCAAAAUUGCUUCUAGAACAAGUAUAAUGUGUAAAUAAAUGUUUGAGUUUGUGUGGAUGGUGUGAAUAGGCGAGCGUCUGAUCAAACGCCGUUUCGAAAUAAUUUUGAAGACAGAAAUAUUUUUUUUUUUCAUUGAGUUUACGUUCUAUGAGUGAAACCAAAGCACUGGUUUUAAGGAUAACGAUCUUUACACUAACAUCCGGUAUACUCGUACUCGUAAUGUAAUAAUUUUAAUUUCAUUUUUAAAUAAAAAACAUUUACAAAAUAUAAUGUUUCUUUUGUUCAUAUUCUUACCCCAGCAAAAUACAAAACACUAAUUCAAUAAAAAACGUUUCGCCUUUUUUAAAUCCUAUCCUAUCUUAUCCUACUACUUAGUCCUACUAUAAUCUUACUUCCUAUCCUACUAAUCUAGUAUUAUAAAUGCGAAAGUUUGUGAGGAUGCAGUGUAUGUGUGUGUUUGUUACUCUUUCACGCAAAUACUACUGAACCGAUUACAAUGAAAUUUAGCAGACAUAUAAAGGGUAACUUGGGUUAACACAUAUCUAGGUUUUAUCCCAAAAUUCCCACGGGAACGGGAACUAUGCGGUAUUUCUGUGAAAACGCAGGCGAAGCCGCGGGUGGAAAGCUAGUGUCACAUAUUAAUUAUGCUUUUUGUGAGGAAUCUAUUAUAUUUUACAAUACAGAAAUUAUAAAAUUGUGUCAGAUAUUAUUGCCACCUAGUUGAUGUCACAUAUUUAUGCCGUGAGAGGUUGUCACAAUUAUUUGCUGUACGUUUUCGUCACAUAAUUUUGAUGCCACUUUAUUAUGCUGCCUACUAAUGUCAGAUAUUUUUGCUGUAUACGGGCAGACCUUGGGGCAGACAGAUGUUAUUGAACUCGUUCUUGUGACAGAUAUUUUUGCUAAUCUGCAAGUAGUAAUAUACCUAUUUAUGCUUCUGACUGUACGUACAUAAUAUUCUAAACAGAAACACAAACACAAGAAACAAGUACUUGAACAAGAGUAUGUUAUACUCAAAUUUAUCUAUGUACAUAACAAUAAAUAUUGCUUCCAUUUGCAAACUUUUUUACAAUAUAACGUAGAUAUUACACAUUUAAUCUCAUACAGAAAACAGGUCGUAUUAUAAAUUUAUAAGAAUUAAGAACUUUCAUUUUCUAUUUAUUGGGUAGAUUAAUAAUUUGUAUACUCAGACAUUAUUUAAAUUUUGAUCAUGUUUUUUCAUUUCAAGGACACACAAUUAAAAAUAAAAUAAGAUACGCAAUAGCAAGAAAUAUUUUGAACAAUAUAGUAAAGAUAGUUGCAUGUUAACGUUUUACAAAACUUUCAAUUCCGAUACAUUAUAUCUUUUUGGGGUACGUUUUAAUACAUUUUGUAUGGACAUAAUUUAAAAACUUCGCUCUUAGUAUUAUUUAUUAACUGUAUCGCUUCCAAUUUAUAUGUAGAAGCCUUUAGCUUCCUAUACGCUGGUCAAUUUAAUAAACUAUGAAUACUCUAGGAACCUGAGAAAUACCUGAUUGUAAGUAGUUUCUGGUAGAAGUAGAUAUUAGGAUAUUCGAAUAAAAAUGUUUAUUGUCCUGUUAUCCUCUGAAUAAAGGUUUAAUCUAACAUUUUUAACAUUUUUAAAAUAUAUAAUCGAAUAGUUACUUGUACCUGUAAAAGUAGUUCUGAUAUAAAUUGGCAAUAUACUUGUUUAUACGUUAUGUAUGUGCAUGUAAUAUUCAAUAAAAUUGUAUAAUUUUUAAACUUCGCACAAUAUAGCUGUGAGCUUAUCCACAUAUUAAUUAUGCACAAAUAAGUAUUUAUUAGCAUUCCCCUGUAUUAUUAGUAUGAUAAUUAUCGAUAUAUCGACGUUUUUAAUAUUAAAUCGUAUUUAUUGUAUUGUUAAAUCGUGUAUAGGUAGUGCUUCUAAGUAAAUGUUAGGGGGAUUUGUAUCUAUGUAAUAGAUUGUAGAAUCCGUUUAUUUAUUUGCGAAUUAUCAAUGUAUGUAUUGUAGUUUCCAAGUUUGUUUGUGUUUAGUUAUAAGAGUUUCGAUGAGAUUGUCUCCUGUUUCAUUUAAUUUUUGCUUGACUACGUCUUAUCACAUUGAUAUCGCUUCGAAUACUCAUAUUAAUGUAUAAUUUAUUUAUUAUAUAACUAAGAUGUCUUAAUUUUAGCUUAUUUUGUCUGACUUACAUAAAUAGAAUGCUUUGUAUACUUUGUUAAAUAAUUUAUAAAUAUAUUUUAAUGUAAUUUUUGUCUGGUUGAAAGCAAAACUGUGAAUUUAUUAAGAGGAAAUACGGUUAGUAUUCUCGCCAUAGAAACGCUCUUAACUGUUUUCUCCCUGGAUAUUGAUCGUAAAGCAAUGAUUUUUUACAGAAGAAUAAUUAAUUACCAACUUCUAUGCCCCAUUACCAACUUCUAUGCCCCCUAUGUUUUAUAAUAUUAUUUAUUAAUUUAUUGAUAACAAUUUAUAACACAAAUUAUCAAAUAUUGAGAAAAAAAUAUGCUUUCUUGAGUCUCACGUAACUGUCGUAGGGGCAAUAUUGGAAUUUGCCGCCAUUUGUCUUAUUUUCAAGUUAAUUUGCCGCAUUUCCUCUUAAUACGCAAAGAGACCAAGGAAUAUGGUUGUUGGUAUGGAAAGAACAUUCACUUAGAAUAUCUCGAUAUAUUUACAUUAAGCUUAGCGAUGUCAUGAAUCUCCUUUAAACUAUGACAAUGGAUGUAUGGUAGUGCCCAAUAAAAAGCCCGAGUGAAAAA